AUAAAAUGCUCAGGUUAUAAGAAGCUACACACCAACGCUUAACCUGUUGUCUUCAUUCAGCUCUGUACAGAAUCAAAUCAAGAGAGAGAGAGAGCACAACUUCAAUAAAAAGAGAAAUCGAGAGGAGAAAGAAGACUCUGAUUCACCGGAGAAGGUAUUUGGUUAUUGAAAGAUGAACAGUCGCGCGAUCUACGCCGUCAUAGCGAUCCUGGCGAUCGUAAUCUCAGCCGUCGAAUCAAGCGGCGGCGACUUCGGAGGAGAUUCGCUAGAUUUCGUACGGACAACCAUCGGAGGAUCUUCUUCUUCGCUCUUCUCCGGAGGAUGCAAAGGAUCGAUCGCCGAGUGCAUCGCCGAGGAAGAAGAGAUGGAGUUCGAUUCUGACAUCAGCCGCCGUAUUUUGGCCCAGAAGAAGUACGUCAGCUACGGUGCGAUGAGGAAGAACAGUGUGCCUUGUUCUCGCCGGGGUGCUUCCUACUACAACUGCCAGCGUGGAGCUCAGGCGAAUCCUUACCGCCGUGGAUGCAGCACCAUCACUAGGUGCAGGCGUUGAAGGAAGCUUUUGAGUUUUCUUUUAACUCCAAAUAUUCCUAUUUUGCCCUUCUUCUUCUUCUUCUGUCGUCUCUCUUCUUCCUCAAUUUUCAUUUUUUUAAUUUUUUUUUUCCGGGAUAUAUGGGUUUGAUUUACACAUUGGAAUACUACUACUACUAUAGUCUUCUUCUUUUUGUUUCGAAAAAGAAA